AUGGAGCUGGGCACUGGGUGUCGCCCGCUGGAUGUCCUCUCCAAUGACAAGGUCGUGAACAUGUUAAACUCUUCCUUUGCCACCUGUGUUCUUGUGUCGGAAGAAGAUAAACACGCCACAAUAGUAGAGCCUGAGAAAAGGGGUAAAUAUGUGGUUUGUUUUGAUCCCCUGGAUAGAUCUUCCAACAUUAAUUGCCUUGUGUCCAUUGGAACCAUUUUUGGCAUCUAUAGAAAAAAAUCAACUGAUGAGCCUUCCGAGAAGGACGCUCUGCAGCCAGGCAGGAACCUGGUGGCGGCUGGCUAUGCCCUGUAUGGCAGUGCCACCAUGCUGGUGCUUGCCAUGGAGUGUGGUGUCAACUGCUUCAUGCUGGACCCGGCCAUCGGAGAGUUCAUUCUGGUGGACAGGGAUGUGAAGAUCAAAAAGAAAGGCAACAUCUACAGCCUUAACGAAGGCUACGCCAAGGACUUUGACCCUGCCAUCACGGAGUACGUCCAGAGGAAAAAGUUCCCCCCAGAUAACUCGGCCCCCUAUGGCGCGCGGUACGUGGGCUCCAUGGUGGCCGAUGUUCACCGCACUCUGGUCUAUGGCGGGAUCUUUCUGUACCCCGCUAACAAGAAGAGACCCAAUGGAAAGCUGAGACUCCUGUAUGAAUGCAACCCCAUGGCCUUCCUCAUGGAGAAGGCGGGGAGCGAGGGGGCGGGGAAGGCGGGAUUGGCUACCAUGGGGAAGGAGGCUGUACUGGACAUCGUUCCCACUGACAUCCACCAGAGUGCGCCGGUCAUCCUGGGAUCUCCUGAGGACAUGAGGGAGUUCCUGGAGAUUUACAAGAAGCACUCUGCCAAGUGAGGGGCGGGCCUCGCCCACUCCCAGCAGGAUUGCCUUUCAUCUGGACCUUUCAUCUCACAGGGCGCUCCCUGGUGCGGCUGUGCCUCCUGCAUUGGUAGACAGCAGACAUAAAAAGUGUGGCUACUUUCAUCAUCAAAUGCUGUGUAAUGCCUGGCGCUACCUAAGCAAAAUGUUAUCUCGAUGAUGUCAGUGGUGGGCGAGAUGUAUGUUGAG